AUGAACAAUAACUUUAACAAUUAUUUGUUAAAUUAGAAUUCUUAACAACAAUACCUAAAUCCAUAGUCAUUUGAAACAUAAAAUGGAAAACCUUAGAUAAUGAAUUAAUUUGAAUGUUUAUAAUUUACUAUUUUCUUAGAUCAAGGAGAGUUUUAGAAUACUAUAAUAAGAGCUGAAUUUAUUCAGAAUAUGUAUAGUUUUUUAACAAUCGAAUUCUUUUUAAAUUUGGGAAUGAUUUCUUUAGGACUUUACACAAGAAUGGACCUUUGGCUUGUGCGUUAGAAAUAUGAAUGUUAGGGAUAUAUAAAGGAUUGUCUUACACCAACUUGGUUAUUCUAUGUUUCUUUAAUUAUUUCAUUAAUAUUGUAAUUCACACUAUAUUUUGGAGGAAACAUUGCUAGAAAAGUAAUAGUUAUAGAUAUAAUCAUAGGCUCCUAUAAAUUACAUAGUUUUANUUGAAAUCUAGAUAAAUAAUUAUAUUUUCAUAUUUAUUGAUAUUUGA